AACAAUAUUUCCCAAAUUGAUUGAUAUUCCCCAAAAGUGAUAAGACGACCAACCAACCUAGUGCUGGUGUUGAAGAUGGAGAUGUUAGUUAGAAGAGUGGCAGGGAUAGAAGGAUGCUACGUUUCACUACCAAUCCACCUGAUUCAAACACUGGAAUCAACUUCUACUGCUGCUCCCCUCUUUUCUUUUCUAGCUCUGGAGCUGCGUUCACUUGCCAACGAUUCCCACGUCUGGUACGUCGCUUGGUCUGGUUCCGCAUCCUCUACCUCUUCCGAAAUUCAGAUUUCUCAGCAAUUUGCAGAAUGCAUUAAUCUGCCAGAUCACACGACUGUUCGAAUACGAGCCAUUCCUAAUAUUCCAAAGGCCAAAUGUGUCACAAUAGAACCCGAUACUGAAGAUGAUUGGGAAGUUCUAGAGCUAAAUGCAGAACAUGCAGAGGCAGCCAUUUUAAAGCAGGCUGGAAUUGUCUAUGAAGCCAUGAGAUUUCCUUUGUGGUUGCAUGGGCGCACAACCAUUACUUUUUCUGUAGUCUCAACCGAUCCCAAAGAACCAUUAGUGCGACUUGUGCCAGGGACCGAAGUCUCAGUUGCUCCCAAAAGACGAAGAAAAUCUGAAAAUUCAAUUGUAAAGGCAUUAUUGCGCAUCCAAGAUGGAGACAGUAGAUUUUGUCACAAAUGUCAGGUCAACGACACUGGGAUAGGAGUGGUUCUUACUUCUGCUGUCUUUAUUCAUCCAGAAACAGCUAAAUCUUUUUCACUAGAUUCUCUUCAACCUGUAGUUUUAGAGCAAAAGUUAGUUACGAAGGAGAGAAAACUAAAUAAUGGAACAUAUAACUCCACCAAGAACGGAAAGUCAACUGCAAAGGAAGUUGAAAAUGGAACAGAAAGUCAGCCGCGGGAUAUUAGACAGGCUGUUGUUCGUCUUCUAUUGUCAGAUUCUGUAGCAAAAGGACACAUCAUGCUGUCUCAGUCAUUGCGACGUUAUCUGAGAGCAGGCCUACAUUCUUGGAUACAUGUGAAGAGUUGCAAGAUUGUUCUACAAAAAGAUUCCCCUCCGUUUAUUCUUUCUCCUUGCCAGUUUAAGAUGAUUGGGAGUGUCUCUGAAAAUGGUGGUUUUGAAAAUCUUCAGGGCCACAGGAACCGUCACACAGAGAAAUUGCUUCUCACCCAAUUUGACCUGACUGAUUGGUCAACCCAUGAGAGAACUAUCACACUAUUUUCAGAUCAUUCAUCUGGUCAAAAAAGUGAAGGAACCUCCGUUAGCUCCAGUACUAAAAACGGGCUAGUGGUUCUUCUGCGUGCAUGGGUCUUGGCUCAACUCGAUGCCAUUUUGUCUUUUUCUAAAACAGAGCGAAGUUCAAUGGUAUUGGGAAAUAAGACGUUGCUUCACUUUCAAGUGAAAGGUAGCGAAUUUGCAGGAGCACGUGAAGUAAAAAAGAGAGCUGCAGAAUCAUUGGUGGAUAUCAUGUAUGUUUUGUCGUUUUCUGAGGAAUCUUUGCAAGGUGGAGUAGCUUAUGAGCUCGAGUUUUCUGAAGCAAACAAGAUGUCGGUAAAUAAGAAAAGCCUAGAGUUUUUUCUUGAGAAAUUGUGUCUGGGCGAAGGUUUCCCUCUUCAUUCUGUCAAAGAAAAAGUAUCUGACAAGCCUUCUAACUUGAAUAUUUCUUCCUUGAGCUGGAUGGGCACAACAGCUGAGGAUGUAACAAAUAGAUUAAUGGUAUUAUUGUCACCCUCCUCUGGGGUGUUUUUAAGUACUUACGAUCUUCCUUUUCCUGGACACGUGUUGAUUUAUGGACCUCCAGGUUCUGGGAAGACAUUACUAGCGACAACUGUUGCAAAAACUAUUGAAGAACAUGAAGAUGUAUUGGCACACAUAGUUUAUGUAGGCUGUUCUAGACUUGCUUCAAGUAAGUCACAGACUAUCCAGCAAGCUGUUUCUAGCUACAUAUCUGAAGCGUUGGAUCAUGCUCCUUCUCUGGUGGUACUUGAUGAUCUUGAUAGUAUUAUAGCAUCUCCUAAUAACUCAGAAGAUCAUCACUCUUCAUCUUCUUCUUCUACGGUCCUCAUGGACUUUCUCACAGGAAUUUUGGAUGAAUAUGAGGCAAAACGGAAGAAUUCAUGUGGAAUUGGUCCCAUUGCAUUCAUAGCUUGUGUGCAGACACUAACGAGUAUUCCACAAGCCUUGAGCUCCUCUGGCAGGUUUGACUUUCAUGUGCAACUUGCUGCUCCUGCCGCUGCUGAACGUGGCGCUUUACUAAAACACGAGAUUCAGAAACGUUCUUUGUUAUGUUCUGAUGACAUUUUGCUAGAUAUUGCUUCCUUGUGUGAUGGAUAUGAUGCGUAUGAUCUGGAAAUACUGGUUGAUAGGUCAGUUCAUGCUGCCAUUGGUCGUUUUGUAUCUCGUGGAUUGGAUUUUGAGACUGAAAGAAAACCGAGUUUGGAGAAAGAUGAUUUUGUACAAGCAAUGAAAGGGUUUUUGCCUAUCGCUAUGCGUGAUAUUACUAAAUCGGCUUCCGAGGAAGGGCAUGGUGGCUGGCAGGAUGUUGGUGGUCUAACGGAAAUUCGGAACUCUAUCAAAGAGAUGAUUGAAUUGCCUUCCAAGUUCCCUGUGAUUUUUUCACAAACUCCUUUAAGGAUGAGGUCUAAUAUUCUUUUAUAUGGUCCUCCUGGUUGUGGUAAAACUCAUAUCGUUGGUGCCGCUGCUGCUGCAUGUUCACUACGGUUCAUCUCGGUGAAAGGGCCCGAGCUGCUGAAUAAAUACAUUGGUGCUUCUGAGCAAGCAGUACGUGAUAUAUUCUCAAAAGCAGCUGCUGCAGCACCAUGCCUUCUUUUUUUUGAUGAAUUUGACUCCAUUGCUCCAAAAAGAGGUCAUGACAAUACUGGUGUGACAGAUCGAGUUGUUAACCAAUUUCUGACAGAGUUAGAUGGUGUUGAGGUUUUAACUGGAGUAUUUGUUUUUGCUGCCACAAGUAGACCUGAUCUACUGGAUGCUGCGCUGCUGCGACCUGGUAGAUUAGAUCGCCUACUUUUCUGCGAUUUCCCAUCACCACAAGAGAGACUUGAUAUUCUUACUGUUCUUUCCAGAAAGUUACCAUUGGCUAAAGAUGUGAAUUUAGAAGCUGUAGCUCAAAAGACUGAAGGAUUCAGUGGAGCAGAUCUCCAAGCUCUUUUAUCGGAUGCACAGCUGGCAGCUGUUCACGAUCUUUUGAAUAGCAAUGAAGCUCACCAGCCUGGAAAUAUGCCACUCAUUACCAAUACACUCUUGCAGUCGAUUUGUGACAAUGCAAGACCUUCAGUUUCAGAAGCUGAAAAACGGAGAUUAUACAGCAUUUAUGGCGAGUUCUUGGAUGCUAAAAGAUCUGCUGCUGCACAGUCAAGAGAUGCAAAAGGGAAAAGAGCAACCCUUGCAUGAUGAUUGACCAACCACCUUUUGAUGCACUUCAUGGCUGUUGCAAUGGCGGGGCUCUAGAUGGUUUUGAUAUGGCGACAGAGUUCAUUACAUGCGGAUAGCUGCUAGGGUCCUAUACGAUUAAUCAUAAAAAGAAACAUGUUCUCUUUACAUUUUGAAAGAAAAUUAUAAUUGUAGAUAUAAUAUUGUUUAUCAACCGUGACAGAUCCGUCACAUUCUACUGUCGGAUUAUGUACCUUUAAGUAUGUUGUUUAACAAAGUAGUAAAGAGUUGCAUACCAUUUCAAUUGAA